AUGGAUCUAGAGAAGAAUGAUUUCUGGUUCUACAGUGACAGCCAGAUUGCUCUUGGCUACAUCACUAAUGAUGCAAGACGUUUUUAUGUGUAUGUCGCAAACAGGUGGGAGAGCUUUGAUGUGCAUCCUAUAAUCAUACCAAAGAAAUCCCAUGUGGCAACUCUGUUGAUAAGACACUUCCAUGACAGUGUGUUCCAUCAAGGACGUCGGAUAACAGAAGGCAAGAUACGGUCAUCAGGAUUCUGGAUAAUAGGAGCCAAGCGUCUAAUAGCAUCAGAGAUCCAUUGGUGUAUUACAUGUCGCAGGUUACGAGGAUCAUUCUGCAAUCAAAAGAUGGCUAACCUUCCAGUAGAUCGAUUGACUCCAGGACCCCCAUUCACAUUCGUCGGCGUCGACACAUUUGGACCUUGGGAUGACACAGCUCGACGUACGCGAGGAGGAGUAGCCACAAGUAAGAGGUUGGCAGUUCUGUUCACUUGUUUGGUCUCCAGGGGAAUCCACAUCGAGCUUGUAGAGGAAUUGAGUACUUCUUCCUUUAUUAACGCAUUAAGGCGUUUCCUUUCUGUACGAGGACCUGUCCGUCAAUUCCGCUCAGACAGAGGGACCAACUUUGUUGGCGCUGUAAAUGAAUUACAGAUGGUGCACAAAUUCGUUGAGAAGCCUACAGUGCAGAAAUUCCUUCAAGACAAGGAUUGUUCCUGGCUCUUUAACCCUCCACAUGCUUCCCACUUUGGUGGAGUGUAG